UCAUAAACAAAUAUACCCCAGCCCCUGAAGAUGAUCAACAAUACCCACCUUGUGUAUCCUUGAGAUUGUUAGAGAUCAAAAGGAGAAAGAUGGCGGAUGCAAGGGUGGACCAGUACUGGUGUCACAUGUGUUGUCGCAUGGUGAACCCGGUAAUGGAACCCGAGAUCAAAUGCCCCAUCUGCGAGAGUGGGUUUGUCGAAGAAGUGGCUGGAGGAAACACCAACAAUAAUAAUAGCAACAAUAUAAUAGAUCUCACCCCCACCAACUACAAUAACAGCAACAACGAUAACAAUUCUAAUAACAACAACAACGAUAGUGGAUUAUUCGAUGUGGAAUCAGAACGUGCAUUCUCUCUUUGGGCUCCAAUCUUGCUUGGCUUAAUGGAUGGCUUGAGCGCUUACCGUCCCCCUCUUGCAGCUCUUCCCGCCCCUCCAACCGAUGCAUCAACCAUUGGCAACGAAGAGGAGCGCGAACAAAACGACCAAGAACAGCAACAUCAUCAACUCGACAGGGAGUUCGAGACUUUACUCCGAAGGAGAAGAACAAGAAGCUCAGUCUCAUUCCUCCGAUUGCUCCACGAUAUACGUGCCAGGGCCGAAACCACCCUCGCCCAACAUCACCUCCAUCGUAAUCAAGAGAACGACGAAUCUGGCACAAAUGUGGGUGGUAGUAGGAAUAGUCGUUUGAUCUUGGUUGAUCCAUUCAAUGAAGGUGCUUUGAUUCUCCAUGGCCCACCACCCGAUUCAACCCAACUUGAGAAUGCUCCUACUACAACAACUACUGCUACUCGUUCUUUUGCGGACUACCUGGUAGGGCCAGGAUUAGACUUGUUGCUCCAACAUUUGGCCGAGAAUGAUCCCAACAGAUACGGGACUCCUCCUGCUCACAAGGAGGCCGUCAACACAAUGCCAACUGUAACCAUCAACGACAACAAUCUACAAUGUGCAGUUUGCCUCGAGGAUUUUGAGCUUGGAGCUGAAGCUAAAGAGAUGCCUUGCAAGCAUAAGUUCCACGAGGGGUGCAUUCAUCCUUGGUUGGAUUUACACAGUUCAUGUCCCGUUUGCAGGUUCCAAAUGCCCACUACUGAUGAUUCCAAGAUGGAAUCGAAUGAUGGCGUUAUUGUUGGCGGUAAUGACAAUGGUGGUGGUGGCGUUGGAUUUAAUUUCCGGGGAGGAGAACAUGUAGGGAUUCCAAUUGAGAGGAGGCAUCGAUUCCCAUUCCCAUUCGACACAUCUCUUCCGUUCUUGAGAUCGACAAGUGGUGUUGGGAAUUAUGUUCCAGACGCUUCAUCGUCAUCUUCGACUAGUACUAGUGUUGUUGUGCCUCUGCUGGGUGAUUCUUCUACUUCUCAUGAUGAGUCCCGAGGACACGAGCAGCCUUGAACAUAAGAAGAAAAAAUAAUAUAUGAGAACGAAUGUUUUUGCAGCAAACUGAGAUUUGUUUGUAAAUCAUUUUCUUGCCACUUUUUUUAACGUAUAGCUUUCUCUCACACAUUUGUUUCCAUAAGAAUUUCAGUUUGCUCUAGCCUCAUGUACCUGUAAAUUUGCUCAAGGAGCCUGUUCUAUUCUCCAGGAAAUUCUUUAAUAUGCUGGAAAAGUUAAAACCCUUCAUGCAUAUACUACAAUCCUCCUAAUUUUAACAAGUUAAAUUCAAGUUACUUGCUGCC